GGGAUUUAUUUCAAUGCGCUACAGGCAGCGUCAGCCUUCGGUAACAUUAGUAUCGUACGUCUGCUGCUCCAAAAUGGAGCCGAUGCCAAUGCACAGGGCGGUAUAUUUAGCACAGCACUUCAGGCAGCGUCGUACCAUGGGCACAUCGACAUAGUCGAACUCCUUCUCGAGAUGGGGGCAGAA